CCCCUCCAUUGGGCCAUAUUCUAGUUUCCGGUGAAGCUGUAGGGUUUUUCCUCCACGCAUAGAUUGCGUCGAAUUGCCUCACAACAUCACUGAUCUUGUCGCUUAACAAGCUUAUAACGAUCUGGUGCACAGCUGUUGGAACCAGGGGUGUGAGAACUGUAGCAAGCGAGCGAGCAGGGGAUAGGAAAGAGCUGUAGAGAAGUUUGGAUGUGAGUACGCACAGCGAGGAAGAGGUUUGCAGGGGAAGAGAUGACACGGUGAUUGUAGAGGACUCACGGAAGGAGUUUGAAGUGGCCGAGAGUGUAGUGGAUCCUAUGUGUUGCCCUAGAGAGGUGCGUACUCAAGCUGGCGGAUGUCUCUAGCUUGGUCGAAUUUUCCUUGGUUACUUACUCAGUAGCUGGGCUGAGUUCUGCGAGUGAUGAGGAUUGGAAUGAUUGCGUAGGGAGAGAAAGAUGUGAAGCUGCUGCACUCCAGUCUGUGCACUGUCAUUAUUGUUUGUAUCAGUCAUCGGGUUGGAGCCGCGAAUUUCUCCAGCGGCAGAUAUGGCGUCCGUGAUUUAUCUCGACAGCAGUGACGAUGAGCAUGAGCCAGUACCAAAACGAGUUGAGCAGCAGAUUCCUUCCCACGUAAAGCAAUUGGACAGCGUGAAACCUAGCGCUGCUCAAGGCAAGGUUGAAAGGAUUCAUGGAGAUCCUAGUGCUCAGCGAAAAUCCGUUGAACAUUUGAGUGUACCGAGUGCACGAAGUAAUGCAACAGUCUCUAAUGACCAAGCACGAGAGCCUACAGGUACUCAGCCUGAGAGUAGAGAAAAAUGGACGCCUGUACCAAAGCGUACGAGCGCUGCGGAUGUGGUAGGUCCCUCUAGUGCAGAAGAAAAUUCUCUUUCUCGUCAUUUCUGGCAGGCAGGAGAUUACGAGAGUCAGGUUGUAAUGAAGAAGAGGCCUCUUGCAGGGGCUCUGGAUCAUGUAAGAGUGCAUCCCAAAUUCUUACAUUCAAAUGCCACGUCUCACAAGUGGGCUCUUGGAGCCAUUGCGGAGCUCUUGGACAACGCUAUCGAUGAGGUUUCGAAUGGAGCUACCUAUGUGCGGUUAGAUAAAAUAAAAAAUGCACGAGAAGGCAGUCCUGCUCUUCUUGUUCAAGAUAAUGGAGGGGGUAUGAGCCCAGACAAUAUUCGGCAAUGCAUGAGCUUGGGGUAUUCCCUCAAAAACCAGAAGACCACCAUUGGGCAGUAUGGAAAUGGUUUCAAGACAAGUACAAUGCGAUUAGGGGCAGAUGUUAUUGUAUUCACUAGGAAUCGAAAUUUGAAAACUGGGAAGUCGACACAAAGUAUUGGGUUACUGUCUUAUACAUUCUUGAGGAAGACUGGACACGAAGAUACGGUAGUGCCUAUGCUGGACUAUGAGUUAGAUGCACACUUGGUUAAGCCGUCAGUUCUGUUACGCACUACAAUGGACGAUUGGCUCAGCAAUCUCAAUACAAUUAUUAAGUGGUCCCCAUACAGUUCAGAGCAACAGCUCUUGAGUCAGUUCAAUGAUAUAGGUUGGCAUGGAACUAAAGUUAUCAUCUAUAAUUUGUGGCUAAACGACGAUGGCAUCUUGGAGCUGGACUUUGACUCUGACGAACAUGAUAUCCAAUUACGAGUGGCUUCUAAGGAAUUACCUAAGAAUCAUACCCUCCCAUCGCUUCUUUCAAAUGAGCAUAUCAGCAACCGCUACCAGCUUUCUCUUCGGGCAUAUGCCUCAAUAUUGUAUUUAAAACUGCCAGAGCACUUCAAAAUCAUUUUAAGAGGCCAACCUGUGGAGCACUAUGAUAUAGCUGAGGAUCUCAAAUUCAAAGAGUACAUUAUCUACAGACCUCAGAUUGGACCUAGCAAGGAGGCCUCAGUGACAACCACUAUAGGAUUCUCAAAAGAGGCACCCAUGAUUAAUGUUCACGGUUUCUGUGUCUAUCACAGAAACCGACUUAUUAUGCCGUUUUGGAAAGUUUUCCAAGAGAAUAGCAGUCGAGGUAGGGGUGUCAUAGGUGUACUGGAGGCAAAUUUUAUGGAGCCUGCCCAUGACAAGCAAGACUUCGAAAGGACUUCAGUUUUUCUACGACUCGAAGGUCGCCUCAAAGCCAUGACAAUUGAGUACUGGAAUUUACAUUCCCAUCUUAUUGGCUACAAGAAAACCAUUAGGCCCAAGCAAACUGCACCUCAACCUUUAGACACCUCGAGACCAAAUACCACAUCCUCCGCGCCUCUGGUCACUGCAACGGAGCCUUCUCCUACAAGUUCAAGCUCUAGUGGUCAGCCAAGAGCAUCGGGCCCCUCCACCCCUCCUAGAGCUGGGGUAGAAACUAUAGACGCAGACGGAACACUACAACCAUCAGGAAAUGGCGCUGCAACUCCUCUUACUUCCGUAGAGAGGAUUGCAGUAGGCAAUCCACUUCCGGAGAAAGUGAAGGUAGAGAAGGGGAGUCGAAAUCCUCCUUCAAAAAGAUCACGUGACCAAGAGGACAGUUUGGUUGAAGCUUCCAAGCGACAGCGGUCAAGUUCAGAGGCUGUUCCCUUGGCUUCACGCGGAGCUGGUGACAUAAUUGCAUCGACGCCGGAUAAUGGGGCCUUUGUAGUUUUGGAACAGCAGAAUGCCAUUCUUCGUCAGAAAUGUGCGGAAUAUGAGUUACGUGAGCGACAUUGGGAGCAAAAGCUUCUUAUGCUAGAACAACGAGAGAAAGAUUGGGAGGUGAAGGUAUCGACAUUGGAACGAGAAGUUGAGGAGCAGAAAUCUAAGUACGUCAUGCUCAUGAGCCAAAUGAAAUCAUUGAGUGCAACAGAAGCACAGGCUAGUAAGAGAAACGGAGUUCUUGCAGCGACGACUGGCGUGAUAAAAUCGGAGCGUAGUUAACAGAUGCAGAAUGACUGUCUUUGAAAAUUCAUUCAACAUACUCUUCUAUCUAGCAUGUACUCUGAGGAACUCUUGACACAUUCCUUGGAGAAAAUUUGAAAAUCAAAGCACGUGAUGCGUAGAAAUGGUGAUGGGAUUAAAAACUCAGCAGCCCAUCAAUUGAGUUGCACUGAUUUAUGUAUGAGAUAGUAGAUCCCAGUAAUCCUGGGCAUAAUUUUUGUACUGUAGGAAAGAAGUGCCUGAUGUACUCCACGAUUUAGACUGAUUUUUGUAAAGGAAUUAUUGAACUUAAAAGCCACUUCAGUGGGAAAAAAAUUAUUUAUUACCCUUGA